UGCGCUGUUCGUGGCGCCGGAGGACGCACAGUUCAGCUCGGGGGCUGGUGGCUGAAGAUUUCGCCAGUCCGACGUCCCUCCAGGUUCUACCAUGAUCGAGGACGAUGCGGAGGUGCUCGACUGGGGACACGAGGACGACAAACAGACUGCCCAGCACGGCCCAGAAGACGUGGAAGAUGCAGUCUCGCUUGGUGGCGACGAGGACGACAUGCAGGACUGCUAUCCGUACCAAGCUACGGAGCAGGAGGUCGCUGCUCAGCCUCCAAUUCUUAUUCGACGUCUCAUGGCAAGCGAGAAUCGUAUGGCUCGAAGCAGUUGGGGCGCCACCUCGCAAUCCGGAUUUGCCCCACCUGCGACGUUCUCAGUCUGCCGGCAAGCUCACUCAUGCACUUCCCCCGAACCUGCCUUAUCCGUGGCACCUGUGCAUCCGUCUCCUGCUCAGGCGAGCACUCUGGCUAGCUCCAUGAUACAGCGCGAGCCGCGGACGAAUGACCUCGGGAUGCCCGUCUCCGGCAGCAACCACGAUGCGCUUCCUUCGGACUGGGAACUUCGACAAGCUAGGAGCGGUGGGGGUGAACAAUAUUAUAACACCAAAACGCACGAGUCCACUUGGACUCAACCGGUGAGCGGCAAGUCGUCCCCAGCAAAGGACAAGGAGCGAGGCGUGUCGCGCGGAAGGGAAGGUGUAUCACCUUCCCGACGCGUUAUUUUGCCGGAGCGGCGGAUGCGUCACAAGGAAUCGAAACGGGCUGCGCACGAUCUCGUACGAAGAUCGACAUUAUCGUCCUGCUACGACUCCUGGUGGUGCUGGUGGCACGGAGCUGAGCGGCAGACGAGACGGUCGGACAGCCCACUCGCCAGUGCAAGCUGCGUACGCAGACUCGUACGCAGCGCCAUCUCCACGUCCGUUGCCAGAGCGGCGUCGCACACGGUCGUUGUCCCAACCUGCUCGUUGGGACUACCUAAGCGAGGAGCGGUCUGGGCUUUUGCGCAGAGAGCAAACACCUCCGAGGGCGCAGGAGCGCGACUUGGCCGACGUACAACGUGGCAACCAUUUGUCUCGCAUUUCGAUGAACUUGGACCCUCCGCCUCGCCACAGUCGUGCCCGUGGUCGGCAGGACCGCAUGGACUUCGACGUCUCUCCUCGAAACGCAUCCUAGAUCGCAUCGCUACCGGACGUCCGUGGUUGCACCCGACCAGCCAUUAAUUGCUCCUCUACAGGCCACCGACGGGCAUCUAUCCGUUCUAAGUGCGCAGACAUCACAAUGGCGGGGACACAAACGUCUCAAGGGAGCGAGGACGAGGGACACGCCCAAGACGCGCCUCGGACGAUA